AGAAGAGAAGAAGAAGACGGACUGUCACCCCAAUGGGGUGGGGAACGGGACUGCCCCCCGGCGGCGGGGUGAGAAGCAGCCGACGCAGCGGAGGAAUUCUCUGACCGGGGAGGAGGGCCAGCAAUUCGUCAUCCGGAACCGGCUGCUCUAUUACCUGUUCACCAUCGGUACCGAGCUGGGCAACGAGCUCUUCUACAUCUCCUUCUUCCCAUUCUGGAUCUGGAAUGUGGACCCGUACGUGGGCCGGAGGGUGAUCGUUAUCUGGGUGUGGGUUAUGUAUCUGGGCCAGUGCACCAAGGAUGUCAUCCGCUGGCCCCGGCCCCCCUCCCCGCCUGUCAUCAAGCUGGAGGUCUUCUAUAACUCCGAGUACGGCAUGCCCUCCACCCAUGCCAUGUCCGGCACCGCCAUCCCCCUCUCACUACUACUGCUCAACCUGGGCAGAUGGCAGUAUCCAUUCGUUUAUGGGCUGCUGCUCGCUGCCAGCUGGUGUUCCUUGGUGUGCCUUAGUCGUGUUUAUAUGGGAAUGCAUUCCAUUUUGGAUGUCGUCGCUGGUGUCCUUUAUGCAAUUAUCAUUUUAAUAGUCUUCCUACCUGCUCUGGACCUUAUUGAUAAUUUCAACCUUACUUAUAAAUAUUCCCCCUUCAUCAUCAUCAGCCUGCACCUGGCUCUGGGCAUUUUCUCCUUUACACUUGACACGUGGAGCACCUCCCGAGGAGACACGGCGCAGGUUCUCGGCAGCGGAGCUGGUGUCGCUUGCGGAUCUUACGUCCGUUACAUGCUGGGCCUCAUGGCAGAACCUUUGCCUACUGCGUUGCCUUUUACUAUUCCACCUAUCACUGUGAGCCUGCUUGGCAAGGCCUUGUUACGGGUCUUUGUUGGAUUAAUCGUCCUGUUACCGAUCCGGUCGGUCAUGAAGAUGGUCACCAUCCCAUUGGCUUGCAAAGUCUUUGGUAUUCCUUGUGAUGAUAUCCGAAAGGCGAGGCAACGAAUGGAGGUGGAGCUCCCGUACAGAUACCUUACUUAUGGGACGGUUGGAUUUGCAGUCAUGUUCUUUGUCCCUUACAUGUUUACGUGUUUGGGGCUUUAACAAUGGCAGAUUUCCUUCUAGCACAAAUG